AUGGAGUCACAGAGAAAAGUAAAAGAUUUGGACCAAAAACUUAUCGAUAGAAAAAGGCAGGACACUUUAGAAAUUUGUCGAUUAUUUAACCAAGAAACAAAGUACCUUGAAUCCGUCAACGCCACGAAUUAUACAAUAAAUAAUUCAAGUAAUAAUAGAUCUAAAAGAGAGAUAAGGGCAGAUGUAGAUAACCCUUUGUUAAAAGAUGAAGAUAUAGAAAGAGUGGAAAGUAUAGUUGACAAAAUAUACGACGACAUGGAACAAAAUGGCAACCGAGUGACCUACAGGCGAAGAUUAAUUAAUGAACAGGAUAAGAAAAAUAUAGAAAGCAGAAGAUUUAAUUUUGCACCAGCUGAACUACUUGGUCCCGACCCAGAGAAGCCAGACCAUAAAAUUUUGAAUAGGGAUGAGGUUAAAAUAUCUUGGAUUAAGAAAUGGAAGCAUGGCAUUGUACCGUUUUUUAUAGAUCCUAAUACUUACGAUUCUAUAUUAGCCGAAACAAUUCUGAAGUCUUUUGAAUAUAUUGAGAAAGUGACUUGCAUCCGUCUGCAAAGACUCCGUGAGAGACCGACUGAUAUGCAGUCGUUGCAGAAUGUUGAAUGGUUGUACAUCAGCAACCCUUUAGGGUUACGACAAUGUGUUCACAGCAAUGAACGGAAACCAAACUCAGGAGUUCAGGCGGCAGUUAAAAUUGGCCAAAGAGAAGCUCUUAGCGCAUUGGAUGUAGAAAAAAUUGGUAUGAUAUAUGGAGCUGAAUGUGUAGAUCGUAAUAAAGAUUAUUUGACGAAAACAUGCCCGAGUGCAAUGAACACAAAUCUCAAAUCUGUUGUUGCAACACAGGACGAAAUUGAUAAAUACUUCGAAGAUAGAAUCUGGCCGUACGCACUUAUUAAUUACAAGAUACGAAAUAAUAUGGAAUUUACCGCUGAAGAAAAAGAUAACAUAAAGGCUGUUCUAAAACAUAUUGAAAGGGAAACUUGCAUUGAGUUCAGGGAUGUAUCUGUAACCGAUGAGAGUUUAGACAAAGAUGACGAUAAUUAUGUAGAUCAUGUGCCUUUGAAUGAAACGGAACAUGUCAGCAAAAGAAAUGUAACCGAAACAGCGCAGAGUAAUGAAAACACGACAGUUCUCGCCGAAGAUGAGGAAUCUACCAAGAAUCCUGAACAUAAAAUGACACAUGUAACUGAAGACACCAUCACUGUAAUGCACAUUCUGAGACACAGAAACGAUGGACCUUUAAAACGUGCCCAUAAAAAAACAACAUCUAAAAUAACAAAGCACACUGCGAAGCGUCAUGGCAAAAAAAUGUCACGUAGUAGACCAUCGAGAAGACAUUCAAACAAUAUAUUGAUCUUCCAACGGUCUUCUCAACCGGGGUGCGAUUGCCCUACACCUGGACGGCCUAAUGGAAAGACGGUACUGAAUUUGAAUGCAGACUGUUUCAACUCGGUCAAUGAUUUACUUCAUGUAUUCGUGCACGUAUUAGGUUUGGACCACCAACACAAUAUGUACGACAGAGAUUCCUAUUUACACAUUCUAUGGAAUGAACUCACUCCAGAAGUAAAACAAGAUAUGGAAAAAAAAUUGCCACCUGCAGCUUCGGUGGGAUUUCCAUAUGACUAUCAAAGUGUCAUGCAUUACCCGUGGUUACAAAUAAAAAAUGGCACCACCAACAUCAUGUACCCUGUCUGGAACGACGGUUGGGCGAUGGGACAUUGGCAAGGCUUAAGUUUGACAGAUGUUAAUAAAAUAAAUUUUCUUUACAAACACGAGUGCGGAAAAAGACGACAAGAAGCUCAAAAAUAA